GCCCGCACCCAUGGCCGUGCGCGACUGGAGUGCUCGGUUACUAGUAGUAUCAGGCGAGGCUGCAGUUCCACACUGUGUGGGCUUGGGUGGUUGUGGUGAAGGAGGACGAGGAAGAGUAAGAGGAAGAGGCGGAUUCUGCAUCAAGGGUUUAUGAUGCUCUUUGCACGACAAACCUACGAAUCCUGACCCAGCUGGUCGCUUGUCGUCCCCCCUCCUUCCUUUUUGGCUUCUCUCUUGUCUUUCCGUUAGCGCUUUUGAGGAGACUUGAGCCGCCGUCACAAUGUGUGGAAUUUUAGCCAUCCUUGGGUGCCAUGACAAGAGCGUCACGCGGCGGCAUCGCUGCCUGGAGCUCUCUCGCAGGUUGCGGCACCGGGGACCUGACUGGAGUGGUUUGUUCGUGGACGAGGCGUCGGGAUGUUAUCUGGCGCACGAAAGGUUGGCAAUUAUCGAUCCCACGUCGGGCGACCAGCCGUUGUUCAACGAGAACAAGGACAUUGUCGUCGCGGUGAAUGGCGAGAUUUACAACCAUGAGGCCCUCAAGGCGAGCAUGAAGGCACAUAAAUACCACACUCAGAGUGAUUGUGAAGUUAUUGCACAUCUGUACGAGGAAAUUGGGGAGGAGGUGGUUGAGAAGCUGGAUGGCAUGUUUUCAUUUGUAUUGGUAGACUUGCGCGAUAAGUCAUUCAUUGCUGCUCGCGAUCCCCUUGGAAUCACACCACUCUACCUCGGGUGGGGCAAUGAUGGGUCUGUAUGGUUUGCGUCUGAGAUGAAGGCUUUGAAGGACGAUUGUGAGCGCUUUGAGUCGUUCCCUCCAGGUCACAUGUAUUCCAGCAAGCAAGGUGGUCUGCGUAGGUAUUACAACCCACCUUGGUUCAACGAAAGCAUCCCAGCAGAACCUUAUGACCCGCUCAUACUACGACAUGCCUUUGAGAAAUCAGUCAUCAAACGGUUAAUGACGGAUGUGCCGUUUGGAGUGCUGCUGUCGGGUGGCCUUGAUUCCUCGUUGGUAGCUGCGGUUGCUCAACGACAUCUAGCCGGCAGUACAGCAGCCAAGCAAUGGGGGAAUAAGCUUCAUUCUUUCUGUGUUGGACUGGAGGGCUCUCCCGAUUUGAAGGCUGGACGGGAAGUUGCUGAUUACAUCGGUACGGUGCACAAAGAGUUUCAUUUCACUGUCCAGGAAGGUCUGGAUGCCAUUUCUGAUGUAAUAUAUCACAUUGAAACGUAUGAUGUCACUACAAUUCGAGCUAGUACACCCAUGUUCCUCAUGUCUCGAAAAAUCAAAGCCCUUGGCGUGAAGAUGGUUCUUUCUGGAGAGGGUUCAGACGAGAUAUUUGGGGGUUACCUUUACUUCCACAAAGCUCCUAACAAGGAGGAGUUUCACAAGGAAACUUGUAGGAAGUUGAAGGCACUGCACUUGUACGAUUGUUUGAGGGCAAACAAAUCAACAUCAGCCUGGGGUUUGGAAGCUCGUGUACCAUUCUUGGAUAGGGACUUCGUAAACCUCGCCAUGUCGAUCGACCCUGCUGAGAAAAUGAUAAACAAGAAGGAAGGGAAAAUCGAGAAGUGGAUCAUCCGUAAAGCUUUUGAUGAUGAAGAGAACCCAUACCUGCCCAAGCAUAUUUUGUACAGACAGAAGGAGCAGUUCAGUGACGGUGUUGGCUACAGUUGGAUUGAUGGCUUGAAGGACCAUGCAGCCAGUCAGGUUUCUGACCAGAUGCUGGCAAAUGCUAAACACAUUUAUCCCCACAACACUCCAGGAACAAAGGAAGGUUACUACUACCGCAUGAUCUUCGAGAGAUGCUUCCCACAGGAGUCAGCAAGGCUUACAGUUCCAGGAGGACCUAGUGUAGCUUGCAGUACUGCUGCUGCCAUUGCCUGGGACAAGGCAUGGGCCAAUAACUUGGAUCCCUCAGGCAGGGCAGCUACAGGUGUUCACGAUUCCGCAUAUGAAGGUGGUGAGGUGGAGAGCUCAGCAGUGAGCCACAAAGAAGGUGGUGAGGAUGGUUUGGCCAACUCGAAAGUGGGCGACAAGGUUCAGGAAGCCAUAGCUGUUGCCUGAGGUGACGCAUGGUGUUCUUUGAUUAGGAUGCUCAUUGUAAGCUGACCCACCUACUGUACUGCAAGCAAUUGUAGCUUUAUAUGUAUUGGUGAACAAUUGCCAUUUUAGAGUGAUCAGUUUUCAUUUCCGUUUACUUUGAGAUAAAUGCCUUAUGUGUAUUUGAGUAGGAACUGGUUAAAGGACUUUUAAAUUUGUUGUUGACCGUGAAAGAGAUCAACCUUCAGGUAUAUAUUGUUUUCGAAUGAGCUUGUUUUUCAAA